AAAUUAUGAUGAUGGUGGUGGUAAUGAAGUGAUCGCGGAGCUGGGUUAGCUCGCUAGUUAGUUGUAGAGAGGUGGUGGAAAUCGUCGUGCCGGGGGGGGGGGACAAUCGUCUCCGUGGCGCACAGCAGCGCCGCGCGCGCGCACGUGUCGUGCUAACAGUUGUAACUCGACCCGCCCGAUCAAUACGGAUCUAUAGUUAGCAGAUAAAGUAAGUAUCCCUCGGUGUUGUGCAGGAGGCACGCACGCACGUGGGAACAAGCGGUGGAGACGUGUGUGUGUGGGGGGGAGGAAGAGUCGUGGAGGGGAGCGGCCAAAACAAUGUGACAAUUUCUUUACUCGGGGAUUGUUUUCAUCCAAUUGAGGGUCGAUAGUUUUGGAUAUUGAGAUCGUGGAGUGGGCCCUUGUAUGCGACUUUCACGGUGUGCGCGUCGCCGCUGCUGCUGCUGUUGCUGUUGGCACGCUAAGGUUUGAACUUCCGACAAGAGAGUGGUGAAUUUGUUAUAUUUUUGUUAUUUUAUUUAAGAAGUUAAGGAAUCGGUGUAUAUAUCAAUUUUGUGUGUGUGUGUUAGCCGUCAGCUUGUGGACGUAGUCGUUGGCUUUAGCGGGCGUGCACGCGAGGGAGAUGAACCCUCAGUGAAGUGUGCGAUGAUGAGACGCGAAGUCAACGCUGCACUCUGUGCACACCCACGAGAUUCUCACCGGCGCGGAGAAAUGAGACGUUCGGGGGCAGCCGAGUGCCAUGGAAGAUCACGCGUCGCAGGCCAGCUCCGCCGGGAAGAAGCGGAGUGACGUCGACACAGCCUCGCCGCCGCCGCCACCCCGAGACGAUGACUCUCCGGCGAGCGCCGAGCUGCUGAGAGAUUCGUGGUCUCCGGCCGUGGCCGGCGUCCCGGGCCCUGGGCCCUCCCUCGCCGUCCCCUCCCCGGCCUGGCCUCCCUCCGCUUCCUCUCCCACCGCGGCCGCCUCCUCCUCAUCCUCCGCCGCCGUUGUCCCGCCGCGUCCGGCUUCCGCCGCCUCCUCUGCCAAAGAUAUUUGCUGCAACCAAUGCGCGUCGCCGCUCGAGAGUUUACAGACUUACAUGGAGCACCGCUGCGCCACCGCCGCGGAGGGCGCGGCGCCGGCGCCGCCGCCGCACGCCACUGCCGCCGCCAUCAUCGCCGCCGCCCGCCGCCGCCGGUGAAGUCGCCGACGUGGAGAGCAUCCCGGGCGAGAUCGUGUACCGGGCCGACGGCUCCGCUUACAUCGUCAAGAGCGCCGAGAGCUUGUCCGCGUUCGCCGACGAUGGGCACGGCGGCGGCGGCGGCCGUAGCCCCACGCUGGCGCACGCUUUGUCCUUCGGCGUCAAACCCGGGGCGAUCAGCACCUUCCACAUCCAGGCGUUCCCCAACUCCUCGCUCGCGGCCGCCGCCGGAGCCGCGCUACGAAGCUUUCGGGUCUUCGACGUCCGGGGCGAAGGGGGCGGUUGCGGCGGCGGCGCGGCGGCGCCGGACGGCGUGAAGAGCGAGGACGAGAGCCCGGAGGGGCCCGCGGACGACGGGCGUCCGGACGACGGCGACGACGGCGAGGCCGGCGGGGCCGGCGACGGCGACGGCGCGCUGUUCGGGGGCAGGAAGCCCAUCCUGAUGUGCUUCCUGUGCAAGCUGUCGUUCGGCUGCGCCCGCACGUUCGCGGCGCACGCCACGCGCGACCACCGCCUCUCGCUGCUCGCCGAGGAGCGGAGGCUGCUGGGACGGAGCGGCGCCUCCGCCAUCGUGCAGGGCGUGGGCCGCGACCGCAGGGAGCCGCUCGUCAGCUUCCUGGAGCCGAGCGGCGCGCCCGGCGCCCGGCGGCAAGGGCGCCGGCGGCAGCGGCUCGCGAGCGCGGACGCCUCCGUGAAACCAAAUUUUUACGGCGUUUUUAGCGGCAUUAGAGUAGAUGGCGGCGCCGAGGCGCUGCGGGCCGGGCCAAAGAUUAAGGGGCUGCAGUCGACUGCUUCUCCCGUGAACGCUUGGGGUCAGAGCGCCCCGUUGAACCUUGGGGGUUUGCCCAGUGCUUUGCUGAAAUCCCCAAAUACCUCAACGUACCCCGGCCGGACCAGCGCCGGCGCGGGGCAGCUUGCCAAAUGCAGCGGCGACGUCCUGGACGUCCACGGCGUGCGAAUCAAGUCCGAGCCCGCGGACUUGGAGGACGAGAGGUCCGACGACGAACUCUAUACCAAUGAAUUUGACGACGACGACGAUGCGGAGAUGAUGACGAUGGCGACGGCGGCGGCGGCGGAGAUGGAGGAGGAGAUGGAGGUGGGCGGAUUCGGAGGCUCUCAGGUCGGUGUUGGCGACGGCGCUUGCAGAAGAAACGAACUCUCCAGUCUUACAAACCAAAGCAUUUCUCAGCUUUCCUUUCUGCCUCAUUUGCUCAACCCCUCCCCAACGGAGGCACCCUGCAGCUCCUUCCAAACGCUGCCCGACGGCGACGCGGCCCUCGGCGCCAGGGACCCGGCGCCGGCGUUCGCGGCGACCGUCGAAUCGGCCGCCGCCGAAACGGCGCGGCCGUCGGACGCCGACGCGGGCGACGCCAAGCGCGACCUCGCGCUGCCGAGGCUCUCGCUAGGACAGCAGCAGCAGCAGCAUCCGAACGCCGGCGGAGCGUCGGCCAGGGACGGCCGCGGCGGCGGCACGCCGGCGAGCGAGGGCGGCUCGCCGCGGCGCGAGGUGGCGGUGAGCCCGUCGGCGCUGUCGUUCGGCGGCCACGUCAUGCUGCUGCAGUCGCGCAACUCCUGCAAGACGCUCAAGUGCCCCAAGUGCAACUGGCACUACAAGUACCAGCAGACGCUGGACGCCCACAUGAAGGAGAAGCACCCCGAGUCGGGCAGCGCCUGCGACUUCUGCACGUCGGGGCAGCAGCACCCGCGGCUGGCGCGCGGCGAGAGCUACACGUGCGGCUACAAGCCCUUCCGCUGCGACGUCUGCAACUACUCCACCACCACCAAGGGCAACCUGAGCAUCCACAUGCAGUCCGACAAGCACCUCAACAACGUGCAGUGCCUGCAGAACGGGGGCGGCGGGGGCGGCGGCGGCGGAGGCGGGGCGGGCGCCAUCGCGGACGCCGUCGCCGCGUACGGGCAGCACCACCUCCCCGCGAGCCUGGGCGGCGUGAGCGGCGUCGCGGCGGCCGCGGCGGCCGCGAAAGCACGGCCCCAGCACCUGCAGCAGCAGCAGCAGCAGCAGCAGCAGCAGCAGAGUCAACAGAGUCAACAGCAGAACCAGCAGCAGAAAAAGCCGAUGUGGCGCUGCGACGUAUGCGACUACGAGACGAACGUGGCGCGCAACCUGCGCAUCCACAUGACGAGCGAGAAGCACGCACACAACAUGCUGCUCCUGCAGCAGCAGCAGCAGGGCGGCGCCAAGCAGCGGGUGGGGCCGCACCACCAUCACCACCACCAUCACCACCACCAGCAGCAGCACCACCACCUGCAGCAGCAGCAGCAGCUGCAGCAGCAGCAACAGCAACAGCAGCACCUGCACCACCUGGAGAUGCCCGGCGUGAUUUCCGGCGUCGUGCCGGGAGAGGCGGAGAUCUACCAGUACUACCUGGCGGCCGCGAUGCAGGCGGCCGCGGCGGCGGCCGCGGGGAUGAAGCUGGAGGGGUUGGCCGGGGCCCACCAGCACCACCUGCAGCUCGAGCAGCAGCCGCCGGCGCUCGCGCCGCCCGGUGCCCUCGACGCGGAGAGGCAGCGCGCCGCCGCCCAGCCACCCCUCGACGGCGCCGCCACCGGCCCGGCGCCGUCCGUGCCAAAACACAACCCGACGUCGUCGUCGGCGAUGGCGAGCCACGGCGACCGAGAUCGACCGGGCCGCGGCGAGCGUGCGCCGUCGCCCAAGCUGUUCCUGUGCCGCGUGUGCGACGCCUUCUCCACGGACGACCCGGACGAGCUGGCGGCGCACGCCGGCUCGGAGCGCCGGCUGCCGGACGGCGAGUGGCGCGCGGUGACGGGCGAGGGCGCCCACGCGUGCCGCCUCUGCGGCUACGUCACGCCGCUGCGCGCCAACUUCCAGCUGCACUGCAAGACGGACAAGCACGCCGCGCGGCACCAGCUCGCGGCCCACCUGCGCGAGGGCGGGCGGGCCGACGCCGUGGCCGCGGCGGCCGCGGCGGCGGCGGCCGCGGCGGCGUCGGCGUCGUCCGGAUCGGGGGCGGCCGGCGUCGCGCCGGCGCUGGUGCAGCUGCGGUGCUGCGCCUGCGACUUCGUGGCGAGCGGCCUGGACAGGAUGGGGCUGCACGUGGCGGGCCGGGAGCACCAGGCCAGCGUGCUCAUCUACAAGCCGCCGCCGCCAGAAAUAGCGCCGGCGUCCUUCACGUCGAGCGAACCCGCGGUUCUGCCCGGGCAGCGGCGAGCGAUUUCGGCAACGGACGAUCGGAUCCGCGACACCGUCCGCGGGAUCCCAGCAACAACGCGCAAGAGAGUGGUGACUCCUGGCGACUGGCUGCGGGAGCUGGUGGCGGGGAUCCUGUUGGACACCGGGGGCGGUGGCCUCGCUCGUACCGACCUCCUGGAAAAGUUGGGGCUCAAUGUGCAGCCCCGCCAGCGAUGCGCCACCAUGGAGGGCAGCGGGGAGCGGAUUCCAUUCCUGGGACGAGAGCCGAUUCGCCCCCUCUUCACACUCGUGGCCGCCACCCUGGUGACGGCCGUCACAAUCGGGCCACUCGCCGAGAUGCUGGUGCCAGUGGCAACACCCUCCACCGACCCCGCGCACCGGCCGUCGGGCGAGGUGCAGGACGGGACGGAACGGGUCAUCGCGUACGCCAGCUGGACCCUGAGCGGGUCCGAACUGAACUAUUGCGUGACCCGUCAGGACCUGUACGCCGUGAUUUUCGCGUGUAAGCAGUUCCGGCCGCAUUUGUACGGCAGGAAGUGUCGCGUGGGGACUGACCAUUAUGCCCUGCAGUUUCUCCUCACAUUCAAGGAACCGCGGGGGCAGAUGGCCCGGGCGUCCCCGUGGUCCACGUUGCCCACGCACGUGAGCCCCGAGCCAAAUGUCCGGGGCGAAAACGGAAAGUUCGCGCAGCAACGUCCUUGGCGGUGGGCGGCUGCCGAGGGAGCCCGCGUCGUGCUCGGACCGCGCCGGCGGGCCGCGUGCGCCGUGGGGGUUCGGGGUGGCGGCACGGGGACCAUCGCCCCACACGUACACUGA